GUGCCGGCCGGCAGGGCAGAGCAGAACAGUACUAGCGCGGCGCCGCUGAGAGCUCCACGCAACGCACACUGCCGGUAACCAGCUGGGUUUAGUGUGGCCGCCAGACCAGACUUCGCUGUUCUGCAACAAGUCGGUGCUCGGUACGGCAGCAUCGAGCCGACUGGCGGACGACCUGAGCGCCCGUGCCUCCACGCCGACGUCAGCCCCACAGACAAGGAGUCGUGAAGUCGAACUCAGGAUCUUCAGGGACAGAGUGCCGAGACAGCAUGGCGGGAGGUCAUCAGAGCAGUGCAGGGAGCGUUGCGGGCUCAAGUGGCAGUAGUAGCAGGUCGAGGAACGAGCUGUGGAGCCUGCUGACGGAGCACUUCACGCCCCCUGUUGAUUGUGGUGUCACGCUUCCUUCUGGGCCCUGCAAACGAAUUCAUGUGAAAGACAAGCGUGUUCAGAUUAUUGUAGAGAGACGAGAGUACCUACAAGGCAGCAUUUGUUCGGACAAGAAUUGCGAAGCUACGACAGAAAAAGUAUUUUACAAAAAUCCAGAAAAGAAGUUAGCUUUAUUUGGAGACGGAAAGUUCUGUGGCCCAUCAGAUCCCUCUCUUAUAGCGAAAAUUAGGAAAUCGUUUACGCAAAUGGUCGACGAAUUUGCAAGUACAGUCAAACCAGGCAAAGAGGAAAAUACCGAAAAUCUGCCUGUGCUUUAUGAAACACCCUGUAAUGGUCGUCAUUGUGACGAGCUAAUUUACUUGUGGGAGUUUGGGAAAAUAGAAGCUCUUGAUCGUUACCCUAAGGAAGAAUAUGAAAAAGUUAUGCAUUGUUAUCACGGUGGUCAAGCUGUCGGGCACCACAUAUCUUUCUUUAUGCAUUAUAUAAUUCAUUUCUUCAUAGGAACAAAGUUGUUGUUGUACAACAACGUUGAAAAGCCCCCUAAAUUGAACUAUAUGUACGAAGAUUCGUGUGAUGGUCAAACCUUCCUGCCUUACGAGAGGAAAAACUUACAAUUGUGGAUGAAAGACUUGGAUGCAACUACACGAAUGUGCAAAAAGGCUUUCCGCUGCAUUUAUCUGUAUGUAUAUUGGCGACGAAAAUUUGAACCGAAUUACAACAUUGAGACUGAUGACAUUUUAGAAUUAGGGAGUGAUGAAAACUUUUGGUUGCGUUGUUUUAGUCGAUUUUAAAACACAAAUAAGUACAGACCAGCCUCGAUCAGUGGUCAUCGAAUUGCUCGAUCGACGAUUUUGAUUGAUCGUGGUUUCGUUUCCUACACCUAAACAACCGAAGAGGUGGAGUGGGAACCUCUUAGCAAAAUUAUGAACGAAGUCAAAUGAAAUUGUCAUCAACCGCUGACUUCAAAACGAGGCUGGUCGGUACCAAGAAUGAGUGCCUGUCAUCAAAUUGUGUUUGUUUACAUUCAUUACGCAUCUUGCUGGUGUUUUCAGCGAAUACUUCAAUACUUCAAUACGUAAUUCAAUAUGUAAUUGAAGACUCUGGCGGCAGAUUGUAAAUUUUAUACCCUUUGAUUUAUUGUUCAAAAUUAAGCUUCACUUCGAUCACUACGCAAUCAAUGCAAUAAAACGGUCACGAUCGUA